CUUCCAACUCUUCUGGCGCGCUUGCUUUAUCCUCUGGCGGACAAAUUUAUUAGACGAAACUGAGCUUGGUCGAGCAAAACUCUGUAAACCCUAAUAUUUGUCCUUCUACCUUUCCACGCUUCGCCUCCAUAAUAAGAUUCAAUGCCCAAGUCUUGACAAGUUACCUUGCUUAAAUGAGCGAUUUAUGAAUUUAUUUUGGUGCUUUUCAAAUAUUUUGCGAUUUAGUCAUCAAACAAGCUACCUUGUUUAAUGACCCGCUUUAGUGGAAAAUGCUUCUGACCCGUUAUCAUGAAGACAGCAAUGCAUACUCUGCUGUGCACGCUGAUUCCUAUUUACCAUGGCAAUGCUGCAGCUUAUCGGAAGUCCAUUAGUAUGCUUCAUGAUGCCUCUGCUCAAUUUAAAAGAGUUCAAUCUUUAAAGAGGAAACUAGAAAUUAAUACAGAAACAUGUUUGGAUGGUGGUAAGAGUCAUCCUCCUUUGUUCAGUGUUGCUCCGAUGAUGGACUGGACAGAUAAUCAUUAUAGGACACUUGCUCGCCUCAUAUCAAGACAUGCAUGGCUCUACACUGAAAUGGUUGUGGCAGAGACAAUUGUUCAUCAAAAAGAUAAUUUGGAUAGGUUCUUGGCAUUCUCCCCAGAUCAACACCCAAUUGUUCUUCAGAUUGGUGGAAGCAACUUGGAGAACUUGGCAAAAGCUGCUGAACUUGCAAAUUUAUACUCUUAUGAUGAAAUCAACUUCAACUGCGGCUGCCCUAGUGGAAAAGUUGCUGGUCAUGGUUGCUUUGGUGCACGCCUUAUGUUCAAUCCAAAGCUUGUUGGACAUGCUAUGUCUGCUAUUGCUGCCAAUUCUGACGUUCCUGUUAGUGUCAAAUGCAGAAUAGGUGUUGAUGAUCGUGAUUCAUAUAAUGAACUCUGUGACUUCAUAUAUACAGUCUCUUCUCAGUCACCCACGAACCAUUUUGUCAUACAUGCUCGGAAGGCAUUACUUAGUGGUCUCAGUCCUGCUGAGAAUCGAAAGGUUCCUCCUUUGAAAUAUGAGUACUAUUUUGCCCUACUACGUGAUUUCCCUGAACUGCAGUUCACCCUAAACGGAGGCAUCACUUGCAUCAAUCAGGUUGAUGCAGCAAUAAGGCAAGGGGCAAGUGGUGUCAUGGUUGGUCGUGCUGCUUAUAAUAACCCAUGGUUUACUCUAGGACAUGUUGAUGUUGCAAUAUAUGGUGUUCCCUUUCAUAGAUGUUCUCGGCGCCAGAUCAUCGAGCAAUAUCAAGAAUAUGCUGACUCUGUUAUAGGAAAGUUUGGAUCUAAUAAACCAAAUGUUAGGCAGCUUGUCAAGCCUCUGCUAAAUCUUUUUCAUUCAGAACCUGGGAAUAGUCGGUGGAAACGCGCGGCUGAUGCUGCAUUAAGGCAUUGCAAGACUGUGAGGUCAUUUCUGGAGGAAACAUUGCCCAACCUUCCUGAUGAAGUUCUAGAUUCAACUCUUGUGAAUAGUCCAUGCGACCAUGAGAGGUUUGCUGAUGUCGAUGCCAUAUUGCCUCCUCCAUAUAGAUCAAGUGGAGAACAAUUAGCAUAUGAAGAAGGCGAGGGAACAAGGCAAGGAUCGCUAUUGAGUUGCUUGUAGGUAGUAUUUGCCCAUGUUCAUUGCUAAGCAUAUUCAAAAUACUUUAUAAGAAAGAAAAAGCUAAGUAAUACUGUUAACAUUCUAAAAUGUAGUCGUUGUCCUUCCAAAUUCUCUAAGUGAUAGCAAUAAUAGUGGAGGAGCAUGUUAAAGGAAA